CAAUACGUCGCGUCGUCAAAAGCGCUGGGAUGAAGGUUGAAAAUUGGUCAACCACGAUCUCUCUUUUCAAUCAAAGCGAUCAAAAUGGUCAACGUUCCUAAAGCGAGACGCACCUUCUGCAAGAAGUGUGGUCACCACAAGAUGCACAAGGUGACACAGUACAAGACUGGCAAGGCUUCUCUCUACGCCCAAGGAAAGAGGCGUUACGACAGAAAACAGAGUGGAUAUGGAGGCCAGACCAAGCCUGUGUUUCACAAGAAGGCCAAGACCACAAAGAAGAUCGUCCUGAGGAUGGAAUGCACAGACUGCAAGUUCCGCAAGCAGCUUCCCAUCAAGCGAUGCAAGCAUUUUGAGCUGGGAGGAGACAAGAAGAGAAAGGGCCAGAUGAUCCAGUUUUAGAGUUAUCAUGGACUACAGACUGGAAUCAUUUACACAGCUUGAUGUUAACCUACUUGAUGUCAAACACAACACUCAUGGGACAGUAAUGUUAAAUUAUCAAUGGGAGAUAAAACGAUUUCACAACAGAGAAUAUCACAAUAAACCAGCAGAUUUAUAAACAGUA